AUGGGAGCGGCGCUCCGGCCUCCCCUUUAAGGAAUGUUGUGACCUGACGUCACCCGGGCGAGUUACCUCCCGCCGCCGCCGCCGCCGGGCUCAGCGCGAGCCUCGAGCCCGUGAGCGCCGGCCCCGGAGUCCCCGCAGCGCCAGCCGCAGCCCCAGCCCCAGCCCCGAGCCGCGCGCCCCGGACACCCGGCUGCGCGCCCCGCCGGGCCCGCGCGAUGCCCUCGGACCGGCCUUUCAAGCAGCGGCGGAGCUUCGCCGACCGCUGUAAGGAGGUGCAGCAGAUCCGGGACCAGCACCCCAGCAAGAUCCCGGUGAUCAUCGAGCGCUACAAGGGCGAGAAGCAGCUGCCCGUCCUGGACAAGACCAAAUUUCUGGUCCCGGACCAUGUCAACAUGAGCGAGCUGGUCAAGAUCAUCCGGCGCCGCCUGCAGCUGAACCCCACGCAGGCCUUCUUCCUGCUGGUGAACCAGCACAGCAUGGUGAGCGUGUCGACGCCCAUUGCGGACAUCUACGAGCAGGAGAAAGACGAGGAUGGCUUCCUCUACAUGGUCUACGCCUCCCAGGAAACCUUCGGCUUCUGAGCCAGCAGUAGGGAGGGAUUGGUCUGGGCGUGGGGGUCUGGGUCAGGCUCUGCCAAGGGAGCCGCUGGCUCCUGAACUGCGCUGCCUUGCCCCUGGUGGGCUGGGCAGGGAUGUGGCCCCCUAGCUAGAGGGCACCAGCCAACCUGGGCCAGUCAUGUUUAGGUUGCUCCUCUUUCUCUGGGUGCUGGCUGGGAUGGGGGUUGGGGAGGAGCAACCCUCAGCACCCUUGCUGUGUGAUUUGUCUUUUUUUUAGGCCCAUGCCUGUCUGCCCACCUGCCCCUCCCUCACCUGAGGCUCUGCCCCUGCCUGGACCUGCCCACCCCUGAAAGACUGGCCCUUGGCUCCCUUGGUCUCCACAUGGUCCUUGUCCCUCUGCAGAAUAAAGAUUGCUCAGGCCUGCCUGGC